AUGUCGACAAGAAGAACCCAUAACAAGACAAGGCUAGGAUGCGGCCAAUGUAAGAAGAGGCGAAUAAAGUGUGACGAGACACACCCAACAUGUAAUAACUGUGUGAAGAAAGGGUUUGAUUGCAGUUUUCUGCUCCUAGCACCCUCCACACGACUCACCACCUCCAUCACAUCUCGCCCGAUCACAACCCCAAUAUCAUCAACUUCUCCCACGUCAAAACAACUAGCACAUAUCAGUCCUUCGCCCUCUAGAUCAUCGACAGGAUCGAGUCCCUCGACGUCAGACUCACAAAAUGAUGGGCUCUCUAUGAUACCCGCACCCAAACUCUUACCAGGCAUCCAACUCAAAGACGUCUUCACCGAAUUCCGCGGCCAACUAGCCAACUACCAUGAGCUCCUCCUCGGCCAAUACAAAGAGACAACCUGUCUCACACUGGCGACCGACGACCCAGGAAAGUCCGCCUGGCAAGUCUACGUCCCACAGAUGGCGAACGAGCACAGCUUCCUAAUCCACGGCAUCUUCUCCGUGACCUCACUCCACCUCUCCCAGCUCCACGAAAGCGCCCCAGAGCGCGAAAAACUCCGCAACAUCGCGGCCGACCAAAUGAACCGCGCCAUCGCGCAAUUCCGCCUCGAACUCGAAAACAUCAACAAAUCCAACGCGCCCGCCCUCUUCGCCUGCUCGACCCUCACCGCCGUCUACUUCUUCCGCACCUCCGUCGUCGACCUCGAAGAGGUCCAAGCCGCCAUCCCGCCUGACAUACCCGACCCGCCGGUGAGCGCAAUCGACAAGUCCAUCGACUCGAUUAUCCGCACCUUCUGGGCUCUCCGCGGCGCGCUCAGCGUCCUCGCUCCCGGCUGGGAAUGGGUCGUCGACAGCAAGAUGUCGCCGGUAUGCCAUCGCACAUGGUGGCCUGAGCAUCGACUUCCCGCGUCCGCGCGCGCUGUCGAGGAAGACAGACGGCUCGCACAGCUGGAGAAGCUCUGGACGAAUCUGGGGAGGGGGAACGAGAUGGAGCAUGAUAGUCUGAGCGCAGCGCUGGGACACCUGCGGAACACAUAUGCGCUGGUUUCCAUGCUGACGGAUCCUGAGAUGGAGUAUCCGACGAUGAAUUCACCUGUGCCAUAUUCAGUGGACGACACGACGGUGGGAAUGUUGAGGGAUCGCGCGGCGAUAUUGGUGUGGGCGACGAGGCUGUCGAAGAUGUUUAUCCAGAUGGUCGAGACGAAGCGGCCGGAGGCGUUGGUUGUUACAGCGCACUAUGCGGUGCUGCUGGGGAGGGUGAGGAAUGUGUGGUGGAUGGAUGGGCUAGGGGCGGGCAUGCUGAGGGGGAUUGCGAUGGCGCUGGGGAGAGAGAACUUGCAUUUGAUAGAGUGGCCCGCGCAGGUUUUGGGGGUGGAUGUUGAGAGUAGGUUUGGAUUGGAUCAGCUGGCGGCUUCGAUGAGGGCGAUUUGA